AUGUCUGUCCCUCUAACCAAGGUCGACUCUGCUAUCGCAGGCCUUUCCAUACAAGACGACAAACCCCCGGCCUCUACUGAGAAGGAGGUAUCCAAGGACGCGAAGAAGACACACAAGCGGGCUUCAUCAACAGCCGAGGGCGUUUUCAACAUCAAAGACCUAGAAGAAAAACAGAUUGAGAUCACACUCCCCAUCGAGACACAAAAAACAGGAUGUUCCUCCUUCUACUAUUCAUCUCUUACCUUUCUUUCUGGCUUCUUCAUCAGGAAACUCAACACCUCACCAUCAACAGUUGAGGAUAAGGACAUCCUAAAGCUAUUCCUCAUUAAUCCACCAGUCAAGAAGAUUGACUUGCACUUCCCCCUUGGCCUCGAGGUAACCGCCCGGAAUUCAAAAGGUGUCACAAUCAAGGACGCAUUGGACGCCAUCUACAAGCAAUUCAAGAAGAAGGCUGAUGAUGAGUUGGACAAUCCCUACCUCGCUGGUUUCGAGUGGGACAAAGAGGAGUGCUGGACACGCCUCAUCGUCCACCAGAAGAAGGAGAGCACGAAUGUACAACCCGCGGGCAAGAAGUCCAAAAAGAAGAACAAGGAAGAGAACGCCUAG